UUGGCAACACUGAGCCAGCCGCAAGUGGCCACAGCUUCUUUUUGCACUUCCGCAUUGGCCUCAUCGCUCAGCCCGGGUUGUUGCCGCUUGUUCGAGACUCAAAGUGCGCAGAAAGGAGGACAAUGUGCGCCGUGCAGCUGCUGCGGGUGUCGGUACAUGAGCGGAUCAGCGCUGCCGCUGAAGACUUUCUGCUGCAGGUGGAGAAAGGGGAAGAAACGGCUCAAGUCCCGGCGCUGAGAGCGCUGCUCACCGAGCGGCUAACGGCGGCGGCGAAGGAGAUCGCCGCUGUGUUUGAGGAAACCGUGGCGGAGUACGAAGACAGACUGGAGCGGUCAGAGCGGGAGAUCUGCCGCCAGAGGAGGCUGCUCGAUGCCGUGAUGAAGCCCGAAAUAAGGCUGCACAGAGUAGACUUCCUGCAACUGGUGGUGAGUAAAGAAGAGGUUCCCCCUGAGCAGCAGCAGUGGAGCCCUCUUGCGGACCAGGAGGACCCAGAGCCCUCCCACAUUAAAGAGGAACAGGAGGAACCUUGGACCAAUCAGGAGGGAGAGCAGCUUCAACAACUGGAGGAGGCUGAUAUCAAGUUCACAUUGACUCCUUUUGCUGUGAAGAGUGAAGAAGACGAAGAGAAACCUCAGUCGUCACAGCUUCAUCAGAGUCAGAAUGAGGAGAACAGAGCGGACGGUGGAAAACCAGAACCAGCCAGGAACUCAGGUCCUGAUGGAUUUUUACAACCAGGUUCUGAGGACAAGACCGAAGACUCUUCUGGGACUGAAGACAGUGAAGAUGAUUGGAUGAAGACCAGGGAGCCUCAGCCUCAUAUAAGAAACAACAAACAGCCAUUAAGUGAUAUGAGAUGUAAAACUGAUAAGAAACCAUUUAAUUGCUCUGAGUGUGGUAAAAGUUUUAGACUAAAGGACCAGCUGAGAAUACACUUGACAAUUCAUACAGGAGAGAGACCAUUUAGUUGCUCUGAGUGUGGCAAAAGAUUUAUACGUAAGAACCAGCUGAAUGUACAUAUGAGGAUUCAUACAGGAGAGAAACCCUUUAGUUGCACUCAGUGUGCAGAAAGAUUUAGACAUUGGGACCAGCUGAAUGUACAUAUGAGGAUUCAUACCGGAGAGAAACCAUUUAAUUGUUCUGAGUGUGGUAAAAUAUUUACACAUAAAGCCAAGGUAAAUACACACAUGAAAGUUCAUACAGGAGAGAAACCAUUUAGUUGCACUCAGUGUGAAAAAAAAUUUAGCCGUUCGGCUAAUUUAAAGACACACUUGAGAAUGCAUACAGGAGAGAAACCAUUUUGUUGCCCUGAGUGUGGUAAAAGAUUUAGACAAUUGGGUGAUUUAAAGACGCACUUUAGAGUACAUACGGGAGAGAAACCCUUUAGUUGCUCUCAGUGUGAUAAAGCAUUUAAACAAAAAUCAGAGUUAAAUUCACACAUGGCAGUUCAUACUGGAGAGAAACCAUUUAGUUGUUCUGAGUGUGAUAAAGCAUUUAAACAUAAAGCCGAGGUAAACUCACACAUGAAAGUUCAUACAGGAGAGAAACCAUUUAGUUGCACUCAGUGUGAUAAAAAAUUUAGCCAUUCGGCUAAUUUAAAGACACACUUGACAAUGCAUACAGGAGAGAAGCCAUUUUGUUGCCCUGAGUGUGGUAAAAGAUUUAGACAAUCGGGUGAUUUAAAGACGCACUUGAGAGUACAUACAGGAGAGAAACCAUUUAGUUGCGCUCAGUGUGAUAAAAAAUUUAGCCAUUCGGCUAAUUUAAGGACACACUUGACAAUGCAUACAGGAGAGAAACCAUUUUGUUGCUCUCAGUGUGGUAAAAGAUUUCGCCAAAAGUCCACUUUAACGAGACAUAUGAGGAAUCAUAGAGGAGAGCAGUGAUUCAGUUGCAUUGUUUGCAACAAAAGAUUUAUUAGGAUUGAUCAGCAGCUAUUCAUAUUAUACAUAUUCAUAGUUCACUGUUGUAAAUAGAGAAUUAAGAGUCCCUCCUUCACCUGUUUUAAUCAGUUUAACAGUUUUUGAAACGCAGCAUUGCACACGCACACAGGCCCCGCCCCAGACCCAUUAGAGAGGAGAACUUGUUGAUGUGAACGAGGCGGUAAAUGUCAACUGGAAGCAACUCAAGUGUGAAUACAGGGUUUCGGACUAAUGAUAAAUUAUUAGCGCUGCUGUUUCAGGAUCAGAACAGACGCAGCGGUUGGUUUGUAUCGUGUCAGAGUCUGAGUGUCGUCCUCCACACUCACUGACCUGAGCUCACUUUACUUUUUCACUAUCAACACCAACACUCAUCACAAGUUAUUAGAACCUGAACAGCACUGAACUUUACUUUGUUUGUUUGAUUCACUCCAGAGUUUAAGAGAGACACACACACCCACUAACCUAAUACAAUAGAAACCUAAAAGUUCAUCUAAAUCAUAACCAUUCACUUUACUGAGCUGGUUAAAUAUAUUCUGGGCCAAAUGUUUCAAAUUUAUUCAAGACCAAGUUUUAUUAACAGAGUCUGUUUUAGUUGUGGUUUAUUUUAUUCAUCAAGGAUAUUCUACUAUUUCUAAUUCUAAUGUCAGAAUAUUCAAGGCUGCUUGUGUUAGUAUAAGGGUCCAUGGAGAUGCUGCUGAGAGAUUUUUAAAUUACAGGGAUGCACAAGAAAUCACAAAACUUUACGCAGGUGAAAGGUGUAAACUGUGAAACAACACAUUCAGAUGUGAAGGUGAGAAAUUUGCUGUAUUUUGUAUAUAUAUAGAACUGUUUUGUGCAACAAUUUUGUUUAAUGUGUGCAUAUGAUGUGAAUGUUUGGCUAUACACAGAUUUAAAUAAAAAUAUCAGUAAAUAUCAGAAGAAAAUGAAAAAAUAGAUGUGGAACUGCAUAAUAAAUAAUAAAUCACGGAUGUUGAAAAAUAAA